UUUGAGUAUAAGACUCACACUCGUGCAACACACACACACACUCAACCACACUCGCCACCGUACUCUGCAUGAGAUCACGUGUCCCAUUUCAAAUUCUCGAAUGAACAUGAACAAAAUACUUUAUCUUCAUCUUCAUCACUUUAAUUAAAGUUUUUUGUUCAAUGCUGUGUCCGUCGACUUUCAAGCGCAGUGUCACGGCGUGCUCCGCAGUCCACGCAUCCUACUAUUCUCUUUGUCCUUCAAACGUACGGCACGAAAUAAGUUUAACGUACAUCAGGGAACGCUCCCAAGAAUUCCCGUCGAUCAAACCGUCGAGCUCAUUCGGCCGGUGUCUCUGCCGUGAAUAAAGAUGCGCGACUUCAACCCUCAACCUUCCGUCACAUUUAAAAUGGCCGUUUUCCUAAUUUCCAUCACGCUCACGGAAAGCACGUGCAACGUGUUCGGACAUUACUCGUGCAAUGACACGUGGUCACUGAUGCACAACAUUGAGCGGAAACUCAACCCCUGCAGUGGCCAUGACCAGGUCAGUGACAUCCCCCGCUAUUACCUGAAGGAGAACUACACGUCAGUGCCCAUCGACGCGUUGAUCAAAUGGCACAGCAAAUUGGUGAAUGAGUGUAAAAGGUUCGCCGAUCUCCAUCUCAUGAUCUUCUCACUGAAUAAGUCUCACGACCACAUGAGCCACUUCGUAGAUUUUAAGGAUUUCAAAUUCAAAAGCUACAUAAAGAACUUCACAUCGCUACAAGGAUUAACCAAGAACUUGAUCCCAGAAAAAAUGGAUACAAGAAAUCAAUCCACAAUGGAAUUCUUCAGGGAGUUACUGAGGCUCAUGAAAGAGGCACACAAUUUCACCAACAGCGAGGCCUGCUAUGGAAACUGGUCAACAAUUUGCCGCAUUGUCCCUCGCCUGAAGGAGAGGGACACCGUGAACGAGGAUCCAGACGCCAGAGGGAAUGAAGCAUCAUCUUCAGAAAGCAAAUCCUCGGUGGGAAUUUACGCCCCGAUGGUGACACUGGUCGCCAGCCUCUUGUUCAAUGUCUUGCUGAUCGGCAUCGUCUCCAGACUGUGGUACACCCUAAGGACGUCUCGCGCUGCCCUGAGCCAAUCCAUCAACGCAAGCGAGAGAAGACAGAAUGGUCAAAAAACCAGAGUAACCAUUGGAGGAGAACAAACGGUUUAUCACCAAACUCACGACACAGGUGACUUUUUACUCGAACCACCACUGACUGAGCAGUGUUGAACCACUGCCCAGCGCUCCACUGAGAAGGAGGGCAAGCAAGUCGGCUUCAACGGUUCAUAAUAAAAGGUAAAGGCUCAGCCCUGCAAUUGCUCACUUACGCCACUUGCUGGAGGAAAGGGCCUUUCGCCAGAGGGCUUCUUUUGAGUUCCCCCCCCUCUUUCUGGACGGUAUUUUUUUUGGCCUGCUCUUCCUCACUGGCCAGGCGUCUCUGGAAGAGGUCUUGGUGGCGGCGACGGCGGUGGUGGUACCCACGUUGUAGUGCGCCGCACGCGAUCUGGCGAUCGAAUGACCGCGGCGAACCCGUUCGUAACGCUGGGUGGACGGAGGCGGCGAGCGGCAUUUAAGCAACGUCCCACACCAUUUCAACUGCCGUGCCGGGAAAUGGAACCUGUCAACCCCUGGAUUGCAAGCGCAGCGGUGCUAAACAUUAUACCGUGGCAGCAUGGAUUUGUAUCGUGUGCAGGGACUCCUCUACUUGCCAACGAGUUAGGUUUCAGAGGUCUGGUCGUAAAUCGAUUUGUUCGCAAGUCCAACUUUACUCCCGUCGAUUCCAAACACGUUGUACGGCAUGUACACUAAACACGGGGAAUGGCUUUAA